AUGGUUGCGCUAAUGGGCCUCGUCGUCACAGCGUCGUUCCUCUUCUCUGACGGAGUCGCCAGGGGAAAUGCGACGCUGAGCGGAUGGUGGCCGACUGAUGCGACGUCGCCGGCCGUCGCACGCUUGCGAGGUGGUAACCCGGUGGACAGUCGUCGCAACGGUGGAGUUAACGGCAAGUGGGGAUCAGUUGCGCAGCGGGAGCAGCAGAGGCGGCGGCUGUGGUGGGCGGACCGGGAGGGCGAGGCGGCUGAAUCGAACGCCAUGGAUCCUGCGGAGCUGCGAGUGCGCGAGGAGAUGGUCUCUCUGCAGUGGCUCAAGUUUCGAUCGGGUCAGCUGCAGCUGCACGUGCACUCCAGUAACGAGGUCGACGUCAGCUUCUGGGGUGACGUGUUCCGCACCGCAUUCUCGGAGCUUUCUGGGCCGCACGAUGCGGCGCGCAGGGCGGCGAUUCGGCGGAUCGCCCGGCUGUCGACUCAGGCGUACGACGUGGAUCUGUCCGCCACAUUCCCCGUGUUUCGCCCGAAAUGGAGGUGGCAGAGCAAGGCGAGCACCCAGCAGCAACAGCAGCAGCCACAGCAUUCGCAGCAGGCACAGCGAGUCAAAGCUAAUAAGCAGAACCCGUCGCACACGAGCCGCAAGCCCGGGCAGGUCGGGAAAAGGCACCAGGUGAAGGCCAAGGCGCUUCUCUCGAGGGCCUACUCUCUCUCCCUCUCCCUCUCUCUCUCGCUCUCUGCCUCUCCCGCUCUCCCUCUCUCUCUCUGCAUCUCCCCCUCUCCCUCUCUCCCUCUCUCUCUGCAUCUCCCUCUCUCCCCCUCUCCCUCUCUCUGCAUCUCCCCUCUCCCUCUCUCUGCAUCUCCACUCUCCCUCUCUCUCUCUGCAUCUCCCCCCCUCCCUCUCUCUCUGCAUCUCCCCCUCUCCCUCUCUCUCUGCAUCUUCCCCUCUCCCUCUCUCUCUGCAUCUUCCCCUCUCCCUCUCUGUCUGCAUCUUCCCCUCUCCCUCUCUCUCUGCAUCUCCCCUCUCCCUCUCUCUGCAUCUCCACUCUCCCUCUCUCUCUCUGCAUCUCCCCCCCUCCCUCUCUCUCUGCAUCUCCCCCUCUCCCUCUCUCUCUGCAUCUUCCCCUCUCCCUCUCUCUCUGCAUCUUCCCCUCUCCCUCUCUCUCUGCAUCUUCCCCUCUCCCUCUCUCUCUGCAUCUUCCCCUCUCCCUCUCUCUCUGCAUCUCCCCCUCUCCCUCUCUCUCUGCAUCUCCCCCUCUCCCUCUCUCUCUGCAUCUUCCCCUCUCCCUCUCUCUCUGCUUCUCCCUCCAGAUCUCUCCAGAUCAUAGUUGAGCAGAUUCCGGCCAUGGGAACCAAGCUGGAGGCGAAGCAUCUGGUUUACUGCGGAGUGUGCGGGCUGCCUCCGGAAUUCUGCGAGUUCGGACCGGACUUUAACAAGUGCAAGCCGUGGCUGCUCGAGCACACGCCGCACCUCUACCCCGACCUAGCUGCUGAGAAACUCAAGGAGUUGUCAACAGCCGAGGGAGGUGCCGGGGAAGCAGGAGCGGGAGCAGCUGCACCAGCCAAGCCAGAGGAGCCUGUCAAGAAGCUGCCGGGAGGCCGGGUCAAGAAGCAGGACAAGAAGGAGGUGGUGGUGGAGCGAAUUGUGCGCAACAAGCGCAAGUCAGUCACAGUUAUCAAAGGCCUCGAACACUUCGGAGUUAAACUGCCAGAAGCUGCCAAGAAGCUGGGAAAGAAGUUUGCCAGUGGUGCUUCUGUCGUCAAGGGACCAACGGAGAAGGAGCAGGUGGACGUGCAGGGGGACAUUCUCCUUGAUAUAGUCGACUUCAUUACAGCCACAUGGCCCGACGUACCUGAGGAGGCAAUAUAUUUCAUUGAGGAUGGGAAGAAAGUACCGGCAUGCUAG